AUGCUAACCACUGCCAGGUUCAUAUCGUUCCCCUGCUCUCCACACCUUACCAAUCUCCCCUCAUGGUACUCUAAAUCAGCCAAAGUGGCCGCGACCAUGAUCAGUCUCUAUGCACUCGCCAACAAAUUGGUCCUUUUCGUGAUGGUCCGCCUAAUACUUUCGAGCUUCCCAUCCCGAGACCGACGUCGCAUGGUCGCAAGGUACCGGCGCUCGCCCACCCUCUCGAUUCUCCUUCUCAUCAGCAGCAUUAUCUGGCUGGUCAACCUCAUUCAUCAUGGUUUGGUGAUAUACAAUGACUACGAGCGACUCAAAUCGGCUAUCGCGGCUGAACGCCUGUCAAACCUGCUCUCCCAGACGACCUCGCCUGCCACUGGACUACGUGGAUUAAGGGCUUCGGACCUUGAAAGAGAUAUCCUCAUGCGAAACAUCAUAUACACUUCCCAGGAUGCGGUGAUGUCAGAUCCGUGGCUUUUCGACCCAAUCACUAGGGUUCUGAUGAUCUCCCUCUGGAUGUUUCUGCUUGCGGAGGGAGUUUUUGGGAUUGUCGUUGCGGUACCGCCACUCUGGGAUUUUGCUCGCUGA